CGACUGGCGGUUAAUGCGCAGGCGCGAUCGGCGGUUGAGCGGGCGCGCGCGCGCGUGCUCCGUCAUGGCGACCGCGGCCCGCAAGUACUCGGUGCUGCUGCCCACCUACAACGAGCGCGAGAAUCUUCCCCUGGUGGUCUGGCUGCUGGUGAACAGCUUCAAGGAGAGUGGGAAUGAGUUCGAAAUUAUAAUUAUAGAUGAUGGAAGCCCAGAUGGGACGCAGGAAGUUGCUGACCAGUUAAUAAAGAUUUAUGGAUCAGACAAAAUUCUGUUGAGACCCAGAGCAAAGAAACUUGGAUUGGGAACUGCUUACAUUCAUGGAAUGAAACAUGCCACAGGAAACUUCAUUAUUAUUAUGGAUGCUGAUCUCUCACACCAUCCCAAAUUUAUUCCAGAGUUUAUCAAAAAACAGAAAGAAGGAAAUUUUGAUAUUGUGUCUGGGACUCGAUAUAAAGGAAAUGGAGGUGUGCAUGGAUGGGAUCUAAAACGGAAAUUGAUCAGCCGAGGUGCCAACUUUUUAACCCAAGUUCUAUUACGGCCAGGUGCAUCAGAUUUAACAGGAAGCUUCAGGUUAUAUAGAAAAGAGGUUCUACAGAAACUGAUGGAGAAAUGUGUUUCAAAAGGAUAUGUUUUCCAAAUGGAAAUGAUUGUCCGGGCCAGACAGUUGGGUUAUUCUAUUGGAGAGGUUCCAAUAUCAUUUGUGGAUCGAGUCUACGGAGAAUCCAAGCUAGGAGGCAAUGAAAUAGUUUCCUUUCUGAAAGGAUUGUUGACUCUAUUUGCCACUACAUAAUAAAGAGAUACAGUACUAUGCCAGCAUUUCUAUAGUUUAACUGAAUAAUUUAUAUUGGAAUAUGACAAAAAUUGAUUAUGGCUCUAGAGAUCAAAAUUUCAAGGUCUCUUCCAUUCAAGGUUAUGACAGCGCUGAAAAAAGUUACUUAUGUCACACUUAGGAUGUCAGAGCAUUCACGUGUUCAAAAUUUGGAUACUUGACAACUGACAUGUAUUUACAACAGUACCAAGAUCAUUUUGUGAUCACAUGAUCAACUUUGGGAUCUGCCCAACUGGCUUCUGACAAGCAAUGUUCAUGGGGACGCCAGUUUUAUUUAACAAUCACAUGUUUCACUUAAAGACCAUGGGAAAAGGUUAUAAAAUUGGGCAUAACUUAAUAACUGCCUCACUUGGCAGCAGGAGUUCCAGCCCCAACUUUGGUUGCAAGUCGAGGGCUACCUGUACUUCAUAUCUGAGAAUGUAAAAGCUAAAGUUUUAAAUUUCUUCAACACUUUUAGUUAAAAAAAGGUUUUGCAUUUUAAAUGAUCUACAGGUAAUUAUCUGGAAAUAAUAAUAUAUGGAUUUCUGGAAAGAUACAUUUAUAUAGCAGGUCACGAAGCAAUUAAGAGGACUAGUACAAUGAUACAUUUCUGAUGGUACAUUUGCAUACACUACAUUCGUCUAUUUUGGAAAAUGAUAUUAAUAUUCCAUUUGCAGACUAUUUGGCGGGGAUCAAAAUUUACAUUCCAAUCAUUAGUUAUAAUUAUUGUGGAAUAUAGUUUUGUGCUUCAGCCGUUAUUUGCAAUUUAAAUGCAUAAAUAAAAUAUAAAUCCUAUUACAAAUAGCAGUUUAGGGGGAAGGGGUUUUCAGUCAUUUGUUUUAAUUAAAAAAAAAAUUCUACUCAUUCUGUAAAAUUUGACUGGGUAGGGGGGAAAACAAGUAAAAAAAGUACCUAAAUGAUCGAAGUACCACAUCUUUCAUACGCAAAAAAGAAUAGUGGGAAUUUUUUUAUUUUGCAAAAUAAAAUGGACAAUCUAAAUCUAUAAAAGUAUGCAUAGUACAAAGAAGGAAAUACCUCUAUUUGAUAGAAGUUAG